GGCUGCGAGAUGGGGAAGAUGGCGGCGGCAGUGGCCUCUGUAGCGACGCUGGCAACAGAGCCUGGGGAGGACGCCUUUCGGAAACUUUUUCGCUUCUACAGGCAAAGCCGGCCCGGCACCGCAGAUCUAGGAGGGGUCAUCGAUUUCUCGACGGUCCACACAGCCCGCGGCAUGGGUCCUUAUGCCCACAAGGUGGUAAGAUCUCAGCUAAGUGUGUCCUCAGUCAGUGAGCACAAUGCACGUAGAGCAGGACUUCAGCCCGUCAGCAAAUGGCAAGCUUAUGGACUUGAAGGCUAUCCUGGAUUUAUUUUUAUCUCAAAUCCCUUCCUCCCUGGUUACCAGUGGCACUGGGUGAAGCAGUGCCUGAAGUAUUAUUCCCAAAAACCUAAUGUAUGUAACCUGGACAAACACAUGGCUAGAGAAGAGACCCAAGAUCUGUGGGAACAGAGCAAAGAGUUCCUGAGGUGUAAAGAAGUGAAUAAGCGACAGCCUCGAAGUUUACUAGAGAAACUACGUUGGGUGACCCUGGGCUACCAUUAUAACUGGGACAGUAAGAAAUACUCAGCAGAUCAUUAUACACCUUUUCCUUCUGACCUGGCUUUCCUCUCAGAGCAAGUAGCUGCUGCCUGUGGAUUUCAGGGUUUCCGAGCUGAAGCAGGUAUCCUGAAUUACUACCGCUUAGACUCCACACUGGGAAUCCACGUAGACAGAUCUGAACUAGAUCACUCCAAACCCCUGCUGUCAUUCAGCUUUGGACAGUCUGCCAUCUUUCUCCUGGGAGGUCUCAAAAGAGAGGAGGCCCCCACAGCCAUGUUUAUGCACAGUGGUGACAUCAUGAUAAUGUCAGGUUUCAGCCGCCUCUUGAACCAUGCAGUCCCUCGGGUCCUUCCAAAUCCAGAGGGGGAAACCCUGCCUCACUGCCUAGAGAUGCCUCUCCCAGCUGUCCUCCCCAGAGAUUCAGUAAUAGAGCCCUGUUCUGUGGAGGACUGGCAGGUGUGUGCCAGCUACUUGAAAACUGCUCGUGUUAACAUGACUAUCCGACAGGUCCUGGCCACAGGUCAGGACUUCCCUUUGGAAUCUAUGGAGGAGAAAAAAAGAGAUAUCACCACCGAAGGUGUCUGCCAUCUGGAUGACCAGAAUAGCCCAGCAAAACGGGCUAGGAUCAACCCUGACAGCUGAGACCUGGAUAUCCCAUUCUUGACUAAUACAGUUCUUAUAGUAAAUGACCACACUAUUAAUACUGAGUAGGUAAUAUUUUGUAUUGCCAUGGAUUUUUGCACCAGGAUAAGCCAAAAACAGACAGAAAAACUAAUCAUUGAUCACACUGUUGCCUUGGAACCCAUUCUGAAGUCUUCAGAACCACUUCACUAAGAGAAGUGUUUGACUUCGUCCAGUCCUACUUAGAUGUUACUUACGUGUUUUGAAAACUCAACGCGGGAAGGUAUUGUUCUUCUACAACAACCUUCUCAGCCUCUACCAUUACCUCUCAGGGCGGGAGAAGUGAGUUUCCGUGUCUGCAGAGUCUUUAAAUACCUCAGAUUUUAUCAAUGGCAACCAUAGUACUCCUGCCCCCCAUUUCUGGUGAUUUGGGGUAGUUGUGAACCAGCCAUUAAUCUCUUCUCAACUCCUACAGUUACCAUCAAAUUCUUCCGUCUUCUAGAAUCCUAUGCAUAUUAACAGAGUGGAACUGGCAAUCCUCUCCCCUAGGAAAGAACAUAAUCACAACUCUCUGCCUAAAAAAUCUAAAAACUCAAGGAAAGGGGAACAGUAGUUUCUCCACCUGUCCAUUUUCAUCCCCAAACUUCUAUUGGCUUUUUAAUGCAGUUUUAGUUGAACUAAAAAAGUCCUGAGGGGGGUUUCUUGUUCUUUUUUCCAUGAAUAAAGUUACUCCAUUUUAAAUUAAAGAUCUGUAUCUGUCCUUGCAAGUUAGUGUACCCGGGAUUAGUAUUUCUCCCUUUAUUUAUUUAUUUUUUGCUAUAUUGUUCAUGCUAUUUAACCCUCCAGCUGUUUCUGCCCUGCCCUUGCUAUUCUUUGUGGCUGUUUCACCAAAGAGAAUAUUCUUUGAUACGCCAAUCACUGCUGUCUCCUCUGAUGGUGGGCUUGGAAAACGCAUGAGGCACCUGGUGUUAGUCUUUAUACCCUCCCAACAACUCGACUCACUACACCCUGAGCCAAGUUCUUCAUAUUUCUAUGGACCUUGGUUUCCUUGAUUAAAAAAUGAAGAUAAUGUUAGCUGCAAUCUUCUUGAGUAAUUUAAUGCUCCUUUCUGGAAACAUGAUGUGGCAAUAUUGUUUUAUUACUAUUUGGGCUCUAGAAACAUCCUUAUUGGGUGGCUCCCAUAACUCAGUGGUUAAGGUGCCGGCCACAUACACCAAUGCUGGUGGGUUCAAACUCUGCCCCAGCCAGCUAAAUAACACUGACAACUGCAACAAAAAAAUAGCCAAGCGUUGUGGUGGGCGCCUAUAGUCUCAGCUACUUGGGAGGCUGAGGCAAGAGAAUCGCUUAAGCCCAAGAGUUGGAGAUUGCUGUGAGCUGUGAUGGCACAGCACUCUACUGAGAACUACAUAGUGAGACUGUCUCAAAAAAAAAAAAAGUCCUUAUUUACUUGCUUGUGUGGAGCACUGGCUAGAAGCCACUUUGAUUGCUGCUUGCGACAUGUCUUGCUGAAUUUGUAUCUCUCUUCUGUUCUGCCUUUCUUUUUAAUUGCUGGCAUCGAAUAUUGAAUUCAUAUGGUAAUAGCAGGUGUCUUUUUAAGGAUACAAAUUAAUAUGGAUCCACCCCUUAUAUGUAAGCUAAGUUCUAAAAUUAGCAGAUGAUAGGGAAUUUUUAUAUAAUUAAAAUUACCAGUGGGAAAAAUCCCUCAAAUUUUCUACAGUGUACUUUAAAUACAACCCAUCAGAAGCCAACAUACUACCGUAAAAUAAAUCCAACAGAGACAGUUCACCCUUCCCAUUAAAACGAUUGCUCUGGCUCAGCACCUGUAGCGCUAGCCACAAACACCAGAGCUGGCAGGUUCGAAUCUAGCCUGGGCCUGCCAAACAACAAUGACAACUACAACCAAAAAAAAAAAAAAAUAGCCAAGCAUUGUGGGGGGCACCUGUAGUCCUGGCUACUUGGAAGACUGAGGCAAGAGAAUCACUUAAGCCCAAGAGUUUGAGGUUGCUGUGAGCUGUGAUGUUACAGCACUCUACUGAGGGUGACAUAGUAAGAUCCUAAAAUGGUUGCUCUUUGAGUAUCAGUUAAAGGUGUUAGCUUAUGUUAGUGUUAUACAAAAAAUAUAUAUCCGAAUUGCGAUUCACACUCCAUGAAGCAAAAUGUUUAUGCUGUGAGAAGCAAGUGGAAACUGGGGCCAUCCUAUAGAAUAGCAGAGUCCUAUCUCCCAUUCUUUGCCCCCCUCUAGGAUAUGUGCUCACUGAGUGGGAUGGUGAGUAGAAUUGUUUGCACAAUGAAAUUAUCUGUUGCUAUAUUUAUUUUUAUAACAUGCAGUUGAAGAUAUAUAUAUAAUGCAACUCUAACUUAAGGUCUUUUACAGAAAAUUAUGUAAUCCAGAAAAGAAAAAUCAGUGGUUUUUCUACAUUUACCUGAGAGUGAUCCCUUUUGUUUAAAUGUCUCCAUACAUUUUUUAAGUCAGAGGGCAGUAAACAAUGACCCACCUCCUGUUUUUAUACUGCCCUGAGAAUAGUUUUUACAUUUCUAAAGGGUUGGAGGGCUGAGGUAAUCAAAAGAACAUUUUGUAACACAUGAAAAUUAUAAUAUUCAGAUUUUAGAAAGAUCAUAAAGUUUUAUUGGAACACAGCCACAUUAACUGAUUUACAUAUUAUCUAUAGCUACUUUCAUGGCGUAAUGACAAAAUUGAGCCUUUACAACAGAGACUGUUUAGUCUGCAAAGCGUAAAAGACAUGACCUGUUCCUUUACAGGAUAGUCUGUGAACACCUAGAAAGGAACCCAGACCCCUGGAAAGGACCCUAGAAAAGAACCUGAAACCAAGAUAAGGACCAAGGGGAAGGUGUUAUUUAGGAAUUUUUAUCAUUUUAUGCCAAAGGAAGAAAUAAUGUUAUAGUAGAUACUCAGUGUGAUCUGAGAUAAUGUUAAAAACGGGGUCACAAAUGCGUGGGGAAGUUGACACAGUAAUACUUUUUACUAGUAGGAAUGUGAAUUGCUCUAUCCUCUAAGGCACAGUUUGGCAUGUAAUGUGGAACUUUUCCUCUCUGAAAUGGUCUGGUUUGAUGAUAAGUUAUGUGGUCUUCCUAAUUAUGUUUUCAAAUAUAUACUCUUUGACCCACUGAAUUUCACUUUUAGGAAUUGAAUAAGGAAGUAAUCAUUAGCCAGGUAUGGCAGUGCACACCUGUAGUCCCAGCUAGUUGGGAGGCUGAGGCAGGAGGAUCACUUGAGCCCAGGAGUUUUGAGGUUGUAGUGAGCUCUGAUGACAUCACAGCACUCUUGACUGGGUAAGACCUUGUUUCAAAAGAAAUAAAAUAAAAAUAAGUAAUUUCUUGUGUCUAGACAUAGGUCCAAAAGGAAAAGGAAAUUAGAGCUAUCCAGAAAGAUUUCUGCACAAGAAUGCUUAUAAUAGUAAAAAUUUGAAAUAAGCUCAGUAUCUAGCAACAGGAUUUAGUUAAUUAAAUUCUUUUUUUUUUUUUUUUUCAACAAAUGAUUAUUGAGCACUAUUCUUUGACUAUACAAAGUACUUACCUUGGUGGAGCUUGUAUCCUACUGGAAAAUACAUUUUAAGGCCAGUCAUGGUGGCUCACGCCUAUAAUCCUGACAUUCUGGGAAGCCAAGGCAAGAGGAUCACUUGAGCUCAGGAAUUCGAGACAAGUCUGACCUCUCUACUAAACACUAUGGCUCCCAGCUAUUCAGGAGGCUGAGGCAAGAGGAUCGCUUGAGCCCAGGAGUUUGAGGUUAUUACGAGCUAUGAUGAUGCCACACAGCAUUCUACCCAGGGCGACAGAGUUGAGACUUCUGCCUCAAAAACAAACAACAAAAACAUACUUUAUAAGAAUAGUUAGAGGAAAGUACUCAUACUGUAUUUAUGUGAGAAAAUCCAAUUAUAAAACUGCAUAGUAACCUAAUUUUGUAUAGAAUGUUUACAUAAAGAAAAAUCGGAACAAUGUUUGUACCAGAAUGUGAAUAAUGGUGGUAUUACAGUUGAUAUUUAUUUUAUUUGUGCGUUUCUAUAUUUCUGAUUUUUCACAUUAAAAAUCUAUUUAAAUCAUCUUUUUAAGAAAAUAAUAAGUGUGUUUUUAUUAAGAUGAUACUCUUUGACCUGGUAAGUCUAUCUCUACCUGAGACUUAAUAAUGCAGGUCUAGGAGCAGCAACAACAUUGUCUAACAAGGUGGCAUGAUUGCUCACACCUGUAAUCCUAAGCCUUCUGAAAGACUGAGUGAGGCAGGUGCAUCACUUGAGUUCAGGAGUUCUGGACCAGCCUGAACAAGAGUGAGACCCAUCUUACUAAAACAGAAAAACUAGCCAGGCGUUGUGGCAAGUACCUGUAGUCCCAAAUUCCUGAGCCCAGGAAUUUGAGGUUGCUGUGAGCUAUGAUGCCAUAGGACUCUAGCCUGUGCAACAGAGUGAGACUCAAAAGGGAAAAAAACAAGGCCGGACACAGUGGCUCAUGCCUGUAAUCCCAGCACUUGAGAGGCCAAUGCAGAUGGAUUGCAUGAACUCACAGGUUCAAGACCAGCAUGAGCCAGAGCAAGACCCUAUUUCUAAAAAAUAGCCAGGCAUUGUGGCGGGUACCUAUAG